CUUCUAUUAUACCUAUUAUUCUCCAGCCAUUGAGCCACUUGAUCAUUGCUUCAAGAAGGCCUGAGUGACAAUGGUAAUUGCUGAGCUGCUUUUCUGAUAUUAUCUUUCAUUAAGAAGCAGCGGCGCAACGCCUAUUCGACACAAUGCCGGGACCCAGGACCUUGGCCUUGGCUCUCUCAGCCACGAGAGUCGCAUCUCGCCGCGUCUCUCAUUUGCGAUCUUCUCGUCUUCCGGCCUAUCGACAGCAUGCGUUUAGCACUUCUCACCCCGUUCGACGACCCGAUGCUUUCCACUCUAUGCUUGAAGAGGCGCGCAAGGCUUCCGAUGUCCUCUCCGCCAACCCGAAUACUAUCUCUAGCUCGCCUCAAACACGGACAGAGAAAAUUAUACAAAAGCAUUCAGUUGGUCUUGCGCCUGGAAAGGUUGUCAAGUCUGGAGACUAUGUAUCUCUUCGACCCCAACACAGCAUGUCGCACGACAACUCAUUUCCCAUUGUCCAAAAGUUUUUCAACAUUGGAGCAUCCAAGAUUCACGACAAUCGCCAGGUGGUCUUCACCCUCGAUCACGAUGUUCAGAACAAAAGCGAGUCCAAUCUCAAGAAAUAUACCUUUAUAGAAGAGUUUGCGCGUACUCAUGGCAUUGACUUCUACGGCGCCGGCCGCGGCAUCGGUCACCAGAUCAUGGUCGAGGAAGGAUAUGCCUGGCCGAAUACAGUCGUCACCGCGUCCGAUAGCCAUUCGAACAUGUACGGAGCAUUGGGAGCGGUUGGAUCACCCAUCGUCAGAUCAGAUGCCGCCAGUGUACUCGCAACUGGACGAACUUGGUUUCAGGUACCACCCGUCGCCAAGGUAACAUUUACUGGCGCGUUGCAGCCUGGAGUCACGGGCAAAGAUGUCAUCAUCGCGUUGGCUGGCUUAAUGAAUCAGGACGAGGUAUUAAAUCACUGCAUUGAGUUUACCGGAUCAGAACAAACAUUGCGAAGCCUCCCUGUGGAUUUUCGUUUAACUAUCUCCAACAUGACCACCGAAUGGGGUGCUUUGUCUGGAGUCUUCCCUGUGGAUUCUGUUCUCAUCUCAUGGCUACGAGCAAAAGCUACUCUGGCAGCCAUGUUUGAGGGGGGCAAGGGACGCUUCACUCACGAGCGCAUAGAUGAGCUGGAGAGAAAUCCAGUUGAAGCUGAUCCCGGUGCUACCUACGCCAAAUCGCUAUUUCUCGAUUUAUCCACUUUAUCUCCAGUCGUAUCAGGACCCAAUACUCCCAAAAUCGCAACGCCCCUCAAGGAUAUUGAAGCUCAAAAGAUUCCUGUGAACAAGGCUUAUAUCGUCUCUUGCACGAACAGCCGUGCCUCUGACUUGCAAAGCGCUGCUCAAGUCUUCCGAGAAGCGGCCACAGAAGACGGCGUCAUCCCCAAAAUCGCACCAGGAGUCGAACUUUAUAUCGCGGCAGCUUCUCUUCCCGAACAAAAACUCGCUGAAGAGGCUGGUGACUGGCAGGUGCUUCUAGACGCUGGAGCGCACCCGCUUGUCUCUGGAUGCGGGCCGUGUAUAGGCCUCGGCAGCGGUCUACUUGAGCCAGGUGAGGUAGGCAUCAGCGCCUCGAACCGAAACUUUCCUGGUAGAAUGGGUGCAAAAGAUGCGACAACAUAUCUUGCCAGCCCUGAAGUUGUAGCCGCUAGUGCUUUGAAAGGUUAUAUUGGGGGUCCGGGUUGGUAUCAGGCGCCGGAAGGUGUUGAGAAGGUUAUUAUUGGCGAGGGCAGCGGAAAUCUUGAAGCAGACAGGGCCAGGAGCAUUGAGGAUGCUCUUGAUAAGCUCCUGAACGAAGCCGAGAGCAUGAUCUCCGGUGCCGAGAAAAAUCUUAACGGCUCCAGUGAGGCUCCGGUGGUUGAAUCCGAAGACACUCUGACCGAUAUCCUGCCCGGAUUUCCUGAGUCCAUUGAGGGCGAAAUUGUUUUCUGCGAUUCCGAUAACAUCAACACUGAUAGCAUCUAUCCAGGCAAGUAUACCUAUCAAGAUAACAUAUCCAAGGAGACCAUGGCAGAGGUGUGCAUGGAAAACUAUGACUCUGCAUUCCGCACCAUUGCCCGUGAAGGCGAUAUAUUAGUAGUUCCAUACAAUUUCGGCUGCGGCUCGUCCCGAGAACAGGCCGCUACAUCGAUCCUGGCAAAGAAGAUUCCACUUGUUGUGGCUGGCAGCUUCGGUAACAUCUUUAGCAGAAAUAGCAUCAACAAUGCUCUUAUGGGCAUCGAGCUGCCACGCCUUGUCUCACGGCUGAGAGAAACGUUUAAGAGCGAGGAUGGCAAAAAGGUACUUACACGACGCACCGGCUGGAAACUCAAGUGGGACGUCCGCAGGAGCAAAGUGACCAUUACAGAGGAGGGCGGAGAGACGUGGAGUGAAAAGGUUGGCGAACUGCCGCCCAACGUUCAGGAGAUUAUUGCCAAGGGAGGGUUGGAGGGCUGGGUGAAGUCUCAGAUUUCCCAGUGAGUGUGUUGAGUCACACCAACUAUUUAACUGUGGUUGCAAUUGCUUUACACCAUGUAUAGACUUGAUAUCCUGCCAUUUGUUACACGUCUUUUUCCUUUUGCAAGAUUGGCGAGCCACCAGUGCGAGCAACGUAUAUAUUUUAAAAGAAAGAGAGAAGAGAAAAGAUAUUGAAGAGGAAAAGGAAAAACGAAGACGAUUAAGAGAAGGAUCAGUUUCAAGCCAAAGGGUGAAAUAAAACAAAACAUUUAAGCG